AAUCGUGGGAAACCCUGUAAAACAGCACUGUAAUGACCCUGUCGAUUGCCCUGUCGAUACUGCCCAGAGUGGCAUCAUUCCAACGCAGACCGUGGUUAGUUACGGACGCCCCGUUGUUGGUGCAACAUGUCAUCCGCCAAACAGAUGGGUCGUGGACAGUAUCGUAAUGAGUACAUCGCAGCGUUAGCAGCUACCUCAUCACUCGUGGCAUCGGUCGCCUGUGCUGGAUGGUCAUCGCCGGCCCUUCCUGUCCUGCGAGGCCCUAACUCACCCAUCCCGAUCACACCGGACGAAGGUUCGUGGGUCGUGUCACUCCUAUCAAUCGGUUCCCUCUUCGGGCCCAUCAUUUGUGGCCUGUUUGUCGAUCGAUAUGGCAGAAAGCCGGUCCUGUUGGUUAGUGCCGUCCCGCUAGUAGCUGGAUGGUUGUUUAUUGUGUUUGCCGAGUCCGUCGGUAUGCUGUACACCGCUCGGCUACUGCACGGCAUUGGCUACGGGCUGGCGUACUCCGUGACGCCCAUCUAUCUGGGCGAAAUAUCUUCGAACGCAGUGCGAGGAUCUACCGGUGUGCUGGUGACGGUAAUGGCCAAGCUCGCUUUCCUGUUCGAGUACUCCGUCGGACCGUACGUUGGAUUUCGGGCUUUGGCGUGGAUUUCACUCGCCCUUCCGGUCGGGUUCGUUGUGCUGUUCUUCUGGAUGCCCGAGACACCGUACUACCUGUUGGCUCGAGGUAAUAAGAAGGCUGCUGCGGAUAGUUUGCGCUGGUUGCGUCGCAGCUCAACCAUCGACGAGGAGCUUGGCCGGAUGGAGAAGCUUGUGCUGGAGAGCAAACAGAAGGGAAAUCCACUGAAGCAACUGCUGCUCACGUCCACGAACAAGAAAAGUCUCGUGAUCAUACUGCUGCUUUCGUUCGGUAUGCAGCUGACGGGCAUCAAUGCGAUCCUGGGCUACUCGCAGACCAUCUUCUCGCGGUUAGCGCUACCGCUGACUGCUGCCGAACUGUCGAUCGUGCUCGCUCUGGUGCAGCUAGGGUCCGUUAUGUUACCGACCUUCCUGGUAGAUCGUGCCGGACGUCGACCGUUGCUACUGGCCUCCACGGCGGGAUCCUUCAUCGGGUUAGCUAUGUGUGCCGUGUACUUUACGCUGGAUGAAACCACCACGGAUGUGCUAUCGCCUGAACCGGGCGCAGCACACGGAUGGAUUCCGUUCGCUGGGGUACUGCUCUUUAUCAUCUCGUUCGCUAUCGGACUUGCCACUGUACCGUUCGCCAUUUUGGGUGAGGUAUUCCCGAAGCACAUCAAGGCAGCGGCGAAUUCUGUGUUUGCGGUCAUCACGUCUGCGGUUGUGUUUUCGGUGGUGAAGCUAUUCCAGGUCAUUUCGGACGGUGCUGGAACGUAUGUAUCGUUCUGGAUCUUCACCGGGUGUACGGCCGUGACGGGGGUUUUGAUUUACUUGAUCAUUCCCGAAACGAAGGGCCAAUCGUUUGAGCGUAUCCAGGAGAUAAUGAUGCGACCGCCAACGAUGACUGUGCUGAUACUGCUGCUGCUGCUGAUACCGAUCUCGUCGGAGGUGGAAAUCGAUUGCAACAGUUUGCGGAUGGGACAGUUCAUCUGCCCCGAUCCGGCGCUGCGUCAGAUUGAUCCGAAAACGCAGCAACUGCGGGGAUGUACGCCGGACAAUAAGGCACGCGUUUGGUGCGUCGCUGUCGAGGGGAUCGUGUGCAGCGAAACGAAGAACACAAGCUUCACCCGCGAAAUGCCCUGCAAAUGGACCAAUGGAUAUCACUUCGAUACCGCACUACUGCUCUCCGUGUUUCUCGGCAUGUUCGGUGCGGAUCGGUUCUAUCUGGGCUAUCCCGCCAUUGGGCUGCUAAAGUUCUGCACCCUUGGCUUUAUGUUUCUGGGCCAGCUGGUCGAUGUUAUACUGAUCGCAACGCAGGUCGUGGGGCCGGCCGAUGGGUCGGCAUACAUCAUACCCUACUACGGACCGGUCAUUACGGUCGUGCGUAGUGACAAUUGGACGUAUCGCCUACCGCAGGAUAACUGGUGAUUGCUGGCCAACAUCUUCCGGCUACCACGAUGGCCGCAGGUGGAAAACUAAGAAGAGGGUCACAUGUCUUAUCGGUACCGGGGUGGACAAAUAGAGAGGAGCGAGAUAUUACUGUUCUCCUUCAUUGCGAAAUACCACCCCGAGACGAGACAUCCUCUUUCCUUUUGCUCCAGAAGCAAAAAGGUACGAAAUGUGAUACGAUAGCGUGUAGUAGUGAGUUUGUUGGUAAUGUUUUUCCCCCCUCGAGACAGUGAAGCAGAAUAAAAUGUAGCUAAAAUUAGUGAAAAAAA